AUGGCCUGGACGCUUUUCCAAGUUGCUUUUGUUUCAGUCCUUAUAUUGUCAACAUCUUUCGCGACCGAGGAGUGGGAGCAUAAUCCUGGUCCUGCUCUUGUCGCGGUCGUCGGUAUGAAGAACAUCGUGGCAUUCAUUUUGAGUUACGGAAUCCACCCAAUGGUGAAGUACAGCUACAAAACUGCAACGGGUAUCCUGGCCGCCAUCACUGGCAGUGUCUUCUUGCUGGGUAUUCCAAUUUACAUACUGAACCCCAAAGUAAGACCUAAUGUUUGGAUUUUAAACACUAAUCUUCGGGAGUGGCGCCAAUAUAUGGAAAGGAAGAAGCAGAGAACUGCCGCGUAUUGA